GUUACACGCUGCAUGUUUCAGAAUGGAGACGAAAUGGUUAAACCGAGAAAAGAAAACAAAACUGAGCUAAUAAACCCUAAACCAAAGAUUAUUGAAAAUUCUCAAAGUGGACCGGAGGCACAGAAAUCCUCCGAGCCUUUCAGGAGGACUGAAAACCUAAAAGAGCUCUGGAAAGAAAGAGCAGAAUGUUCUAAUGACUUAACUCUUGAAAUUAAACAUCGUCCCGUUCGUGUAAAUAUCCGGAGAUACACUUUCCCGCUGGCCGCUUAUCCGUCAAGUGUUGCCGAGGACAUUACAAGUGUGUCACGUGACUGUAAUAAGCACGAUAGAACCAGUGAUAGAGACACUAAUUCUCAAAAAGUUUCUAUAAAUAGAAUUAAAGAUAAAAAUAACAUUGAUUCCGAUAAUAUCCCACAAAGCCCAGAGUGCAGACAAGUUCUAAGCAGAAAGAUUGGUGAUUUUUCAGAAAAUGAGUCCAGUCCUUUGAAAAUCAAAGAAAACCUGGUUGAAAUGAGUUCGUAUAUCAAGCCUAAUGAAGGACCAGUUUUAUGCAAAUUCAUCGAUGAUAGUGGAGAAGAUAUUACACAGCAAGUGUCGCAGGAGUCUUCAAGUAGAACCAGGAGUUUAGAGAACAGGAAGUCAGUUUCCAAACUAUCAACGGAGACUACAGCCGACCCGGUGAAAGAAGACGACCAAGCGUCAGACUUUGGAGAUUUUGAGGAGGAUGACCCUCGACCUAAGAAAAGGUUGUCAAGGAGGAGUAAAGGAACCGGAUUGGAACGCAGUAAAGUUGAGGAUGUGAACUCUAGUAUAGAAACUAGUAUUCUAACCAGCAAUCCUAAUCUUGGAAUCCAAGAAGCUGAAAUAUCGAAGGAGGAGACGCUGAGGAACAAACUGUUGGAUGAGUUCAAGUUAAUGAACCAGGAUGAGUCGGAAUCAGAUUUUAGUUCUACCGAGCAGACGGAAGAAAUGGAUACUGAUACAGAUUUUACAACAGAACAAGAUACAUACAAACCUACUCCUCCAAAAACCAACCCUUCUUCUCCGACAUCCAAACUUACUUCUACGACAUCAAAACCUACUCCUCUGACAUCAAAACCUACUCCUCUGACAUCAAAACCUACUCCUCUGACAUCAAAACCUACUCCUCUGACAACGAAACCUGCUGCUCCGAUAACCAAACCUACUCCUCCGACAAGCAAAUCUACUCCUCCGACAACCAACGCUUCUCCUCCGCCAGCCAACCCUUCUCCUCCGACAGCCAACCCUUCUCCUCCGACAGCCAAACUUACUCACACGACAUUAAAACCUACUUCUCUGACAUCCAAACCUACUCCUCCAAUAUCCAAACCUACUCCUCCAACAUCCAAACAUACUCCUCCAACAUCCAAACUUACUCCUUCAACAUUCAAACCUACCCCUCCGACAACCAAACCUCCUCCAACAUCCAAACCUACUCCUGCAACAUCCAAACCUACUCCUCUAGCAUCCAAACCUACUUCUACACCAUCCAAACCAACUUCUGAACCUCCUUUUACAGAACAGACUACUCAUGUUGUCUGUUCACCACAAUCUACUUCCAAAUCAGCUUCCUCCUCUAUCACUUAUUCCAACUCAGUUUCCUCCCCAUUUAUUACUUCCUCCAAACUUGAGACUUCUCCCAAACUUCCAACAUCAGUCCAACAACCCUCCCGCGCCCCUGCUGUAAAAUCCGCUAGCAAGCAGAACACUCCGAGAAUUGUGACGGUUACAAAGUCUGGUUCUACCCCUCUCGUUAAACCAACACAAACCAGAAUUAUAAAGGUUACGAAGGAAAGUCUUAAGCAUGGUCCUCCACCCAGCAAGAUGAACCCAGGCAAAACCAAGAUUGUUGUGACCAAAUCAAUUGGAAUUCAAGAGAAAUCAAGAGAGCGAAGUAAGACGAUGCCACCGAAACUAGCUGCUCCAGUGAAGCUGUCAGUUGAUUUUUCUCCUCUGAUCCUUGAAUCCACCUCGACAGCUGAUCUAUCUUUGCAUGAAGCAUCAACUGAUAAACUGGAGGUUAAACAACCAGAAUUAAAAGUUCGAAGUGGAGAAAAAACUGCAGAGAUUAUGGAAUCUAAAAACGAAGAUCGGAUAAUAUCGGACCAUGACUAUGGGUUCCGGAGCCCGGACGAAAGCACCAUGACAGAAGAAACAAAAAAGACGAGUAGACCCAGAGGUCGUCCACCUGGCCGGAAGUCUGACCAGCCGACUAAACCUUUGUCAAAGCCUGGCGCUCGUUUGGCCUCCUUGUUUGAUGAUAUUACCCCAUCUACCAAACCUAAAGUUGGGAAAGCAGUCUCUGGUACUGAAAACCACGGAGCGUUUUCUGCGGACGACGAGUCAUCAGAGAAUGAAACUAAAGCAGCUCCGUCCUCCUCAUCGACUGUUUGGAGCAGCUUCAAUAUAAUAUUUGAUGCUCCUGCUGCUAAACCUGCUGCUGUAUCUGUACCCAGCAGCCAGGAGGAGGAACCAAGGAGCCGAGAUGAGGAGCAGAAGAAGAACAGAGACGGAACUUUACUCAAGAAGAAGAAAAUUCUUCGUAAAGUUGCUUCUUCUAAGUCUCGUGUUGGGUUGGUUGAAACUGGUACAGAUACUGACGAGCCUGGAGAACCCCCUACCCGGAGACCAGUGAGGAGAAGAACUGAUUCUAAACCAGAUAUUCCCGCCAGAAUCUUGAUAGAGAAGAUCCCCGAGACCAGUGACCAGCAGCGUACAAGUCGACUGAGUCGGAGCAGCUUACCUUCCGGAGCUACUGGUGGGUUGAAGUUGUCUCCAAACUCAAAGAGUGCUGAAGAGCUGAUGGACCAGGAUAAUGAAAAAGUAACAACAUCAAUAUCUGAGGAUAAAGUAAAAGAAAAGAAUGCUGAAACCAAACUUGAAAUAAAUCAACAAACAAGAAAAUCUGGAAGAUAUUCCGAGGUUGAGAGUGGUGAAUCUGUCCCUGUCAAAUCCUCUCCUACCAAGCCCCAUAGGAAUAUACCAGAGAAAACUGAAGAUACCAAAAUAUUCCGUCGAAGCCUCAGAGAUUCGUCUCGAGAGAUGAAAGACGCGAAGAACGAUUCUUCGAGCUUGGAUUCAUCUCUAGACUUCGAUAAUGAGAAAAUUCGUUUACUAGUUCCUUCCUCAGAUACGGAAUCAGGAAAACUAGACACUUCACAGGAGUUCGUUUAUCCUGCUCCUUCUACUCCUCUCCAUCAGCUAGGAGACUUGGUCUGGGUUAAAUUUAGUUCUUAUCCAUGGUGGCCUUCUAUGAUAACGAAUGAUCCGGUUGAAAAGCUUUCCCAAAAGCUAAAGCAGAAGGGUGGACGUCAGUUCUGGGAAUACCAUGUUUCUUUCUUCGGAGAACCGAACAGAGCUUGGAUUUCUGAGAAGAGCAUGAUAUGGUUUAAGGGAAGAGCUAAUCUAGAGCAGAGGAAAGAGCAGGAAAUAUCAAAAGGUGUUCAACUUAAGGUUGUCAAUUCACUGUAUAGUCCUAAACUUAGCAUCAAGGAGAAAUGGGAAUCCUCAGUCCAAGGUGCUGAAGAAUUGUACAAGCUGGGUAGAGCUGUUAGGAUUGAAGCUAUGCCCAAAUACAAUACAGAGCAAGUUUUGAAAAGGAAAAGGGAAGAAACCCCUCAGGAGUCACCAAGCCGACUGCCUGCAUCCAAACGCUCGAAAAUUCAGUCGAGAAUUGAGCGGAUUGUUGAAAAAAUCCCUAAAUCAAGUUUGGUUGAACAGGGCAAAAGCCUUACUGCGUUUAAACUGUAUAUUCUUGGAUUGAAGGCAUCGCAGGAUAAACUUGGGGAUGAUACUGCUAAAGCAAAACAGGUUUGGGAUAAUCUGACAGGUCUGGAGAGGAACCUAUAUAUUGAAACUAAACGAAGUAUCCUGGAAAAUAUAGAAGCAGAGGAAGCAGGGAACAGGAGAAGUAUGGCGAGCAGGAGGCAGCAGGAGUUGGUCUCCAUCAAGGAGGAGAAGGAGAAGAAAGAGGCAGAGAAGGGUCCGGCCUGGUAUUAUAUCCCUGUAGGAAUAAAGGAGGCCCCUGUUGCCCGUGUGGUGACACCAGAUCUACUCGAGUAUAAGAGAUAUGAACGCUGCUGUGCUAAAUGUGAAUCUGUUACGUCAGAGGUGCUUGGUGAAGUAUGGAAGUGUAAAGGUCUCUGUGGAAACUCCUACCAUCUCUCAUGUUUAGGGCUCAACCCUAAGGAGGAAGAAGAGGAUAAGUGGAAGUGUAUUGACUGCUGCGCUGGUAUCCUAUCCUGUUCUCUAUGUGGGCACAGAGAAGGGGAAACCACUGCUUCAGGAUUAAAAUGUGGUCCUGUCAGACGCUGUGGCUCGAAUGGUUGUGGAAAAUGGUACCACGAGACCUGUAUUACUGGCAGCCCAUUAUGGCCUCAGGCUCGAGUAGGGAACAGUAGUUUAAUCUGCCCGGCACACAUGUGUCACACGUGUGCCUCAGAUGACCCUAAGAAUCCGGUGAUGAAGUACAAGGAGAAACUGAUCAGGUGUAUCCGGUGCCCGACAGCUUAUCACCACAAUGACCACUGUAUGACUGCUGGGACACUGAUCAUCACUAAAAAUGAUAUUCUCUGCCCUAAGCACUACAAGCCCCCCGCCAAGAACAAAAAGAACUUCCACGUUAAUGCCAGCUGGUGUUUCAUGUGUUCUACAGGAGGUUCCAUAAUCUGUUGUGAGAUAUGUCCUGCUGCCUUCCAUCUGGAGUGUUUAAAGCUGGAACACCCUCCGGAGAAAUACUAUUGUGAUAACUGUGAGACAGGACGGAUGCCGCUGUAUAAUGAGGUAGUUUGGGCCAAGAUUGGUGCGUACAGGUGGUGGCCGGCACUUGUUGUCCCGCCUGAGAAACUUCCAAAUAAAAUCGAGAUGCUUCCACAUCAGGAAGGAGAAUUCCCGGUUCAGUUCCUAGGGUCUGGUGACUAUGCUUGGAUAAAUCAGGGACGUGCUUUCCUGUAUGAAGAAGGAGACUCAGAGAAGGUUCCAGACAUGAGUUCUAAAUCUAUGGACGCAACCUUCAGGUAA